ACUAUGGUGAAUAUCUUGACAAUGCGAUGGGUGGCAAUCCAAAUCCAACGUGGGGACAGAUGACAAAUAGUUAUGGUGGUUUUGGACAAGGUUUUGGAGGUGGAUAUGGAGGCUAUGGCGGUGGAUAA